CCACCACUAAACCCGGCUUCCACAUCGAGCUCAUCAACCGCUUCUCACCCCGCUCUCCCUUCAACACAACCAAAUCCGGCAAUCUCGCCCAACGACUCCUCCAACAAUCACAAACACACUUCGCUCAUCUCAAAAAGACCAUAUUCACUGGAGUCAACACGACGGCCAUGAGACCUCCAAUAUUUGAGCAGGAUCAACUUUACCUGGCAGUAAUCGGCAUCGGCACAGGAAACGAAGCUAAAGUGUACUAUCUUGAUAUGGACACCGGCAGCGGCCUUACCUGGAUACAAUGCCAACCUUGCAACCCCUGCUUUCCUCAGACCACUGGGACUUUUAAUCCUAGUACUUCUCCGACGUACCGACAUAUGCCCUGUGACGACCCACUCUGUGUGCGUCCAUACGGGUGUAUAUUUGGUGUUUGUAAGUACAUGCUUUCGUACGCUGAUGGAUCGUACAUUACCGGUGAUCUGUCGACAGAGACAUUCAACUUUCCCACUUCGCCUUCUGGCGGGCAGUUUGAAUCGAUUCCUGACUUGGCAUUCGGUUGCACCCACGGCAGCGGGGGGAUGACCGGAUACACAGGCGGCAUACUCGGCCUAGAUUCUAGCCCACAAUCUAUAAUCAACCAGCUCAUUGACCGUACCGGCGGUCUAUUCUCCUAUUGCCUAUUCCAUCCAACCGAAGCGUCAGGCGAUAGCUACUUAUCCUUCGGCAACGACAUCGUAAUGAAUGGUCCGGUCCAAACAACUCCAUUAUUGGACAGUGAUAGCUUGUACUAUGUCAAUCUCAUCGAUAUCAGCGUCGCCGACCAGCGCCUGAAUCUCCCGCCGGGGACUUUUGAUCGUAAAGCUGAUGGGACCGGAGGAUGCAUCAUCGACUCAGGCGCCGCGAUGAGUUACAUGAUCGCUGGAGCAUAUGAUGUUAUGAGGGGUGUACUCGUUGGCUAUUUUCGAAGUCUCAAUCUCGUUCGGGUAAACGGUGCAGAUUUUGGAAUGUCUGAUUACAAGCUAUGUUGUUUAAUGCCGGCAUCCGGUCUCGGCAAUCUGCCGUCGGUGACUUUUCACCUACAGGGUGCGGAUCUUCAGGUUGGGCCGAAGGAGUUGUACGUGACGGAUGACCAACAGCGGGUUUUCUGUCUCGGGGUUUUUCGGAACAAGAAGACGACUGAUAUCGGAGCGCAUCAGCAGUUCAACACGAGGUUUAAGUUCGAUAUUGUUAAUAUGGUCUUGUCGUUUGUUCCGGAGAAUUGUGCUGCGCCUCAGUGA